CCUGUUUCUUCUACCACUGCUCCACCGUUCAGGGCAGCUGCUGCUGCUGAGACCUCCGAGAGGAGAAUGGCCCCAACGACAGCCUUAGCCCUGAGGGUUCUCUCCCUGGCUUCCCUCCUGGCCACCCACUGCACCAGAGCUGUUAAGUGGGAACAUAGAAUAAUCCAGGCGGAGUUCUCCCAGACCCACAGCCCAACGGGGGAGUUCAUGUUCGAGUUUGAUGGAGAUGAGAUAUUCCACGUGGACCUGGACAGGAAAGAGACGGUCUGGCGCCUAGCCGACUUUAGCAACUAUGCCAGCUUUGAGGCACAGGGAGGACUGGCCAACCUCGCUGUGGACAAGGCCAACAUGGACAUCCUGAUUAAGCGUUCUAACCACACCCCCGCCACCAAUGUGGCCCCCGAAGUGACCGUGUUCCCCGAAAACCCCGUAGAGAUGGGGCAGCCCAACAUCCUCAUCUGCUUCGUCGACAAAUUCUCCCCACCGGUGGUCAACAUCUCGUGGUUGCGCAAUGGGCAGCCAUGGAGCAAAGGCGCGUCCGAGACAGACUUCUACCCCCGCACCGACCAUUCCUUCCGCAAGUUCCACUACCUCCCGUUCAUCCCCUCUGCCAACGACUUCUACGACUGCAAGGUGGAGCACUGGGGUCUGGAAGAGCCACUCCUCCGUCACUGGGAACCCAAGGUGCCAUCUCCCCUGACCGAGACAAAAGAGACUCUGGUCUGCGCCCUGGGCCUGGCCGUGGGUCUGGUGGGCAUCAUCGUGGGCACCAUCCUCAUCGUCAGAGGCCUGCGUUCAGGCACUGCCCCCCGGCCCCAGGGUCCCCUGUGAAGACCUUUCAGUGGAAGGAGUCACCCGUGAGUGAGAGACCCCGGCUUCCUGCCCUGGCUUCCACCUGUCUCUCUUCCUAAUUUUUGUUCCUGCUGAUUUGCUCCAUUCACUCUGCAUCACCCAACUCCCACUGGUUGAUCAGAUCUACACAUCUUCCAGCCUUGGCCCUUUGACAUCCAAUCCCUCCAUCUGACUCUCCAUACUGGACACACCAUGUCUACUCUUCACCGCAGUCUCCCUGCCUGCCUCCCUCCCUCUCUCUAUCACUACCUCUCUGUCUCCCCUCUGCCCAAUCAAGCUCGUGUUGAUGUCCCUAAUGGUAUUAAUUUUUUGCCCAGUUAUUUAGCUCUUCUGCAUAGUUCCAUAGAACAGUUGUCCCCCGCACAUCUGAUUUUCUUCCCUGAUGGAAUCCAGCAUCCUUGGCAACCAAUGGGAAUCUCCCUUGAGCUCAAUGAGAGUUUCCCAGACUCCCUCACGGCUGUGGACUCCACCCUCACUAAGACCACAAGCAUCCUGGAACUGACCCGUGUUCUGGGCAUUAAAUGAUGUUUCCCCUACUUGACAUCCACUCUCUUCCGUCUUGAUUUUUCCCUUGGAAGUCAGUCGUGUAUCCCAUAAGAUGGGUCAGCUUGAAUCGAAACUAUUCCCUGACAACCUUGAGUAGCCACUGAUCCAUAAUAGCCUUCAGGGUCAGGUUGGUGCAGGAGCACCACUAAAUAUGAGUGUUUGGCGUAGAUUUGGUCAUGAACAAAUUUGGCAACCUCACGCUUGUCCUCCAGACAGUGCCAGGAAAGCAAGCUUCUGUUUCAUCACCCACUAUUUUUGUGGAACUGGGAUUGCUUGGCCUACAAUGGUACUAGGCCAUGCUGGGCUGGCAGUGCCAGUGAAGGGAGGAGGGUGGGCAGGGGCCCCACAUUUCUGUAGCAUGCAAGGCUCUAACCUAGAAUUCAUGAACCAAUAUUCCCUUUUCUUGAACCUGCUGUAUUUUUAUGCCGGCAUGACCUCCACUGGUUAUACAUCCCUUUUACUAAGUGGCAGCUGUAAACCCAUGAGAUGCUCUGAAACCAUUAAACUUCCUGGGGUCUAUA